AUGUCGUGCUACUGUCGGCGCAAGUACCAGAGCGGCGACCUGGUGUUCGCCAAGCUGAAGGGCUACGCCCACUGGCCGGCCCGCGUCGAGCACAUGGCCGAGCCCAACCGCUACCAGGUGUUCUUCUUCGGGACCCACGAGACGGCCUUCCUGGGCCCCAAGCACCUGUUCCCGUACGAGGAGUCCAAGGAGAAGUUCGGCAAGCCCAACAAGCGCCGCGGCUUCAGCGAGGGGCUGUGGGAGAUCGAGAACAACCCCACCGUGCGGGCCGCCGACUACCAGCUGGCGCCGGAGGGGCGCGGCGCGGAGCGGCCCGGGCCGCAGCCGGAGGCCAGCGCGGGCGACAGGGCCGGCCGCAGCGACCAGCCGGGGAAGCCGGGCGGCGACGGGCCGGCCGACGAGCAGGCCGAGCGGGCGCCGUCCAAGCGGGGCGCGGGCGAGCUGCCCGAGGGCUCCCCCAAACGCCCCCGGGAGGCCGAGCCCGAAGCGGGGGCGCAGCCGCCGCAGCAGGAACCGCCGCAGGAGCCGGAGCAGCGGGAGGAGGAGGAGGAGGAGGAGGAGGAGGAGGAGGCCGCCGCCGGGGAAGGGGCCGCGCCGCCCGUCGUGGAGCCGGAGACCCGGGGCGCCGCGGCCCAGCCGCCCCCGGAGGUCCUCGAGCCGCAGGCCCCGGUUGGCGGAGAGCGCGACAGCCUGUAG